AUGAGUGAGGAUAAGAGCCUGACGAAGAUCCCUCAUUUCGAUGGUCAACAUUAUGAUCAUUGGAGUGAGUUGAUGGAAAAUUUGCUGCGAGCAAAAGGACUAUGGAGUCUUGUGGAAAUCGGUAUUCAGGAGCCGAUUAUUGGGAGUGCAUUGAGCACCACGCAACAGGCACAACAUGAUGAUACAAAGAUGAAAGAUCAUCAAGUGAAACACUAUCUAUAUCAAGCAAUAGAUAGGGUUACAUUUGAACAGAUCUUAGACAGGCGCACUUCAAAGAUCGUGUGGGAUUCCUUGAAGAGCAAGUUUGGAGGAAAUGCAAAAGUGAAGAAAUCUCUUCUCAACACACUGAGAAGAGACUUUGAGAUUUUGCAGAUGAAGCAAAGUGAGUCCAUCACCGAAUACUUUGCUAAAGUGACCUCAGUGGCUAACCAAAUGAGGAGUAAUGAGGAAACUAUGCAAGACACAAAGGUAGUCGAAAAGGUACUUAGAACCCUGACAGAAAUGUUUACUUAUGUGGUGGUUUCGAUAGAAGAAUCCAAGGAUGUGAGCACAAUGACAAUUGAUGAAUUGCAAAGUUCUCUUGUCGUGCAUGAAGCCAAGUUCAAGAGGUUGGAUAAAACUUGA